GAUACAGAAUUGUUUUUUCUGCAGUGUACGGCAUGAACGCUGGGCUGAAACAGACACUAAUUAUGACCAGCUGACGUUACAACUAGCAUCAAGAGCAAGUUUAAUUCAAGUUCAUUGCUGCAACAACAUUAGAAUAUGUCAAAUCCUAAAACAGCUGGAGCUGAAGCUGGAUCAGUGGUGGCGGACCCUCAACACUCCCAAAAGCUGCUAAGGGCCCUUCAGUCUUUUAGGCAAUAUGAUUGUUUUCAAGAUGCAGUGCUGGUUUUGGAAGGAGAAGAGAUCCCUGUACAGAAGAACAUUCUGGCUGCUGCUAGUCCAUACAUAAGGACCAAAUUAAAUUACAGCCCACCAAAAGAGGAUGGAUCUGUAUACAAAAUCAAGUUACAAGGGAUCUCUGUGGCCACCAUGAAACAGAUCUUGGACUACAUUUUCAGUGGGGAGGUUACCCUGAGUGAAGACACAAUUCAGGAUGUGGUCCAGGCUGCUGAUCUUCUUCUCCUCACCGAUCUCAAAUCUCUGUGCUGUCAGUUUCUGGAGAGCUGCAUCACCGCAGAGAACUGCAUCGGCAUACGGGUCUUCUCCUUGCAUUACUGCCUACACCAUGUCUACCACGUUGCCACUGAGUUCUUGCAGACGCAUUUUCGAGACGUGGCCAAUACGGAGGAAUUCUUGGAGCAGCCACCCGAUCGCCUGUGCGAGCUGCUGUCCAUGGAGAAGCUCAACGUGGGGAACGAAAGGCACGUGCUGGAGGCCGUGGUCCGUUGGCUCAGCCAUGACAUUGAAGCUCGGCGAGUCCAUAUGAAGGAGGUAAUGUCUGCCGUGUGGGUUCAAGACCUGGACAAGAGCUACCUCCAGGAGCAGAUGUUGGGAGACUCCCUGAUGAGGGAGGUGAUAGGGAAGUGCUGCAUGGAGUCUUUGGGUGGAGCAGAGCAGCAGGGGGAGGCACUGCUCGCUGCGUUUAAACCCCGUGGCUACUCCGAGUGUAUCGUAAUAGUGGGGGGUGAGGAGAGGGGCUCUCGAAAGCCCACGGCAGCAGCACGCUGCUUGUGUCCUCUUUAUGAUCGCAACAGGCAGCUGUGGAUCGAAUUGCAGUCUAUGAGUGAGAGGCGCGUUGGGCACGGGGUAGUGUCAGCAGAGGGAUACCUGUUUGCCAUAGGAGGAAUGAAUGAGAACAAAACUGAGUUGAGCAUUGGAGAGAAAUAUGACCCAGAGACCAAUAUCUGGAUGCCAAUCCCAGCAAUGAUGCAGGCCCGACAACACUUUGGAAUUGCUGAGCUGGAUGGACUGAUUUAUGUUCUGGGAGGGGAAAACAAGGAUACUGAGGUUCUGCUCACGAUGGAGGUGUUUGACCCCCAUUGUAACAUCUGGAGAACCCAACCCAAAAUGACCACAGUGCGCAAGUUUGGUUGCUGUGCCACAAUGAAAAAGAGGCUCUACGUGAUGGGUGGUGGAUCGUACGGAAAGGUGUACGACUCUGUGGAGUUCUAUGACCCCAAAACUCAGCAGUGGACCACAGUCUGUCCACUUAAGGAGCACAGGUUUGGAGCAGUAGCUUGUGGCAUUGGACAAGAACUCUAUGUGUUUGGUGGUGUUAGGAACAGAGACGCUGACAAUACAGAGUCCAGUCAGAUGACCAUCGCCAAGUCUGAGUUCUUCCAUGAUGAACUGAAAAGGUGGAUGCUUUUAGAUGACCAAAACCUCUGUAUACAAGCCACAUCAUCCUUUGUGUAUGGAGCUGUACCCAUUGGCCCAAGUAUAUAUGUAGUAGGAGAACUUGACACAGGCAAUAACUUUGACUAUGUCCGGGAGUUCCGCAGAAGCACGGGAACCUGGCACCCUACCAGACCACUCAUGCCCUCUGAUCUGAGUAAAACAAGCUGUGCCGCCCUACGCAUCGCCAACUGUAAACUGUUCCGCCUGCAGCUUCAACAAGGCCAGUUCCGGAUCCGGGUGUAGUCCACAUAACCAGAACUUGCAUCCUCACCACUGAGUUCUACGUUAUGUCACUCAUCCGUCAUCUGCUGCUCUGCAGGAGGAUGCCGGGGGGUUGUGGAAUUGAAGUGGCUACAGCUGAGGUUUGGGGGAAAAGCUUAAAUUUAUAAGGUUUUUUUACGUUUGUUGCCUUUUUUAAGGGGAUGAAUUGGAUGUCCUCUUUUUGGAUCCCUUUAUAUUUUGAGCGAUUCUGACUUGGAGUGGCGGGGAAAUAGAUUCACAAUUUUUUUUCUCAAACAAUUCUGGAUUGGUCCACCAAAAGUCAUAAUCUGAAUUUUAAUUCAUAAUAAUUCUGUUCAUUGAAAAACAAGCAGGACAGCCAUUAAGUGUGCAGCAUUGCAAAAACAACAUGAAGUGAAGGGUGCAUCUGCAGCCUAAAAAAGGUGUGCUUACUCUGUGCAGACAAACAUACUCAUGAGCCUUUAAGGACAAAAAGGGCAGAACAAGCUUCAUCUUGUAAAACAACCAGCUUAUGUUCUGUGUCAUGAAUUCUGUAUAUGUAUUAACAAAGGAAUCACAAUCACAGAACAUUAUGUAUGGCGUGUUUGAAAGAUAAUCAUUCUCGUACACAGCAAUUUAAAAAAAAACAAAAAAAAACAUGUUGAUUAAGAACCAUUGCCCUGAUGUGGUAUUUCGAUGAUGCAAAAUGAAAGCCACAGAGCCACCUAUGAUACUAGUUUAUUAUACCUGCUUAUUCUAAUUUUAUUUGUGGGGCAGAACAGACAUAGUUUAGUCUGGCUUUUAUGCGUUACACAGAAUUUGGCAACAAGCCACCUUCACUUGCACAAGGUUUUCACCCAUAUGAUGUUGCUUAAGAACUGUGAUGCAUCAAGGAUCAUUUUUUAAUCAGAGUAUGACUCGAUUCAAAAUCAAAUAGAAACAUGAGAUGCUUAAAGAUUCAUACCCCUAGUUUUGACUCCCAUUAACAGGAAUCACUGAUAUGUUAAGCUCCUUGUUUUAAUGCUUUAUUUGAUUAGUUUACAGUCGUUUUUACCUGUCUGCUGCUUGUCUUAAACUAACACUUAAAAAUUAGAGAGGGAGGUUAAUGUUGUCUUUAUAUACAGUUCUAGUUGAGUAUUAAAUAUGGGGGCAGUAAGUAAGGGAACAAAUCAUUCACUUAUCAGGGCUAGUGGUACUGUACAUAUUUUUUUUAUUAGUGGCUAUAAAAAGUCUACACACCCCAGUUAAAAUUGCACAUGUUUGAAAUGUUAAGGAAUUAAUCCAAGAUAAAUCAUGUCAGGUCUUUUUGAUCAAAUGCAAACAACCAAAUUCAAGUGAACAACAACCAGAAACUCUUUAGGAGAAAAAAGACAAAUAAAAGACUUUCAAUAAUCUGGUUGUGUAAGUGUGCACACCCCUUAAAUGUGCUGUUUUUCAUGGAAAAGCAUGCAAAAAAAAAUGUCCUACUCCAUUGAAGAUAUUAAUGAAAUAAGUGUCCUGAGAUAUCUCAGCAGUAACUGUGACAGCUGUAGACUUUGUAAACAGCAAACAAAAUGUGUCUGCAGACCGUGGACAUUGUCGCUUUUUUAACCUGUCAAUCAUUUUGCUCGUUCUCAUAGUGUUGUCUUUGAAGCGGAUCAUUGAGGCUAUGAUUCAUAAUGUUUGUCAGUUGAAGGCACUAUUGUGCCACUGUUGAAUUUGAUGGCAAAAGGAAAAAAACAAUGCUGCUCUUUUGCUCUGUUUUGGUCACAAAAUUAUCUUUGGAGGGCAGAGUUUUGGAAUGAGAGGGUGUGCCUAAUUCAACGGCUCAGUCAUGUGAAAGCUUCAGAACGGCUUGUUUGAAGCACCUUUUGCUUUUAAUACAGCAGCCGGUCUUUUUGAAUAAGAGUCUCUCAGCCUAGCACAUCUUUGUCAAUUUUGUCCCACUCUUCCUUGCAAAAAAUCUCCAGACCGAUCAAACUGUGAGGGGAUCUCUUGUGCACAGCCCUUUUCAAGUCAUUCCAUAAAUUUUCAAUUGGAUUCUGGUCUGGGCUCUGACUGGGCCAUUCCAAAAUGUUGAUCAUCAAAUUCUGAAGCCGUUCCUUUGACUUAGAUUUGUGUUUAGGGUCAUUAUCUUGCUGAAGGUUGAAAUUCCUCUUCAUCUUCAGUUUUCUUGUGGAGGCCUGCAGGUUUUGUGCUGAAAUUAACUAGUAUUUGGCACUAUCCAUGAUAACUUCUAUCUUGACUAAUGCCCCAGUCGCAGCUGAAGAGAAGCUGCCCCAUAGCGCAGUGCUUCCACCACCAUGUUUCACCGUGAGUAUGGUGUUGUUUGGAUGAUCGCAAUCUUGUUAGCGAACAUUCCUUUUAAAAUUAUGCCCAAAAAGUUCUGUAUCAGUUUCAUCAGACCAUAAAAUAUUUUGCCACAUAGUUUUAGUGGAGUAAUUGCUCCCGUUUUGCCAUCCUACCCCAAACCCCAGAAAUAUGAAGAAUACAGGAUAUUUUGUCACAUGCAUUGAGGGACCACUCCUUUACAGAUAUUCUUGCUGCUCCUUUAAUGUUGCUGUAGGUCCCUUGGCAGCCUCACUGGUAAGUUUUCUUCUUGUUUUUUCAUCAAAUUUUGAUGGGCGCCCUGUUCUUUGGAAUGUCAUUGUGGUGCCCCGUUUUCUCCACUUGUUGAAGAUGUCUUGCACGAUGUUCCAUGGCACAUCUAAUGUUUUAAAAAUUAUUUUGUACCCCUCUCCUGAUUGUUAUCUCUUCACAAUGAGAUGCCGCACAUCCUUUGUUAGCUCUUUGUGGACCAUGGAUUAAGCAGUAUGGUGCAACCAAGAAGAUGCCAAGAAAAUCCUACAGAAACAGCCGAUUUUUAUUUAGGGAUAAUCAACAUCACUUAAUUGAUGGCUGGAGGCAUAUAAUUACUUUCAAGUAAGAGUUUGAAUAUGAUUGGUCAAUUGUAAACAGAAUCACAUGCCCCAUUAUGAAAGGGUGUGCACACUUAUGCAACUAGGUUGAUUGCAUUUAUCACAUUCAAGGUGGAAGAAGAUCUGACAUGAUUUAUCUUGGAUACAUUUUUUUACAUCUCAAAAACUGGCAAUUUUAACAGGGGUGUGUAGACUUUUUAUAGUCACUGUGUAAAUAAGUACAUUAGUGUCCAGCACAAAUUUGUCUUGCUACUGUACAGUCAAUGUAGAGAUGGAGUUUUAGAUUACUCAAAUGGUUUAAGAUGUCUUAAUAUUAUUGCUGUUAGUGAUCAAUCACAAUUUUUGUUUCUGUGAAUUAAAUUAGUCUCACAUUUUUAAUUAGUAUAAAUGUACGUUUCCUUUUAAAAAAUCAGUGCAUUAAUUUCGAAUUUAUUAAAUUUUUUGGUGGCCUCAUUAACUGUAUUUCAUAUUUGUUUUGCCAUACAAAGGCUGAAAAUUACAUAAAUAAAAUUUGUUAGUCCCAUCUAGAUUUAAUUUGUGAAAAAAGUCAAAUUAAAAACCCAGCUAUGGGUUUGUUUUGUGUGUAUUGUACAGAGAAAGCUGUGGUCAUGUUCUUAUUUUGAAAGCUAACAGAACACAAAUGCCAUUAGAUAAAUGCCAUUGAAAUUUUUUAAUUAAUCUUAAAAGUUUACCAUAAGUAGUCUUAAAAGGAUAAUGAAAAUUCUCAAAUAUAAUUCAAAAAUUAAAAUUCUCCAUACAAUGAAAAUAAAUGGUGACCGAGUCUGUCUGUCCCUAA